UGUGGUGGGCCCAGCCUGUUCGGCCUCGGCAGGCAGGCUCUGGGCGGCUGGUCCUUGUCUUCCGAAGGGGCCCAGCUGCUCCCAGCUCUCAUUUCCUGUGGAGACUUUCUCACAGUCCUCAAGCCCCCCGGAUGCCUCAGGCUGUGGGAACUGCGCUGGCUCAGGCAGGACGGGCUGUGCCCCCACCCCCAGCUGGAGCCACAUCCCCCGAAACCCUCAGGGGACCCUGUGUGCAGAAUCCGGGACCUAUGUGGAGUAGAGCCGGGGAGGAAGUUGGAUACCUCAUCCACUGGACGACAUUGAGCAACUCCCUUGCCCUAUCUGACCCUCAGUUUGCCCAUCUGUAAAUGGGGACAAUGAUAGCAUCUUCUUCACAGGGUCAUCAUGAGGACUAGAGGAGGUCCCGGGCUUGGCCCAGGGAAGAGCCAGCACAAGGAGCUGCUCAAACCAUCACCGCGCCCAUCUUAUAGACGAGGUCACUGAGACCCAAUGAGGGGACGUGCCCAAGGUCACACUGCUUCCUCCCUUUCAGUGGGGGGCCUGCUCCAGAGCCUGAGAGGGUCUCCUCUCCCCACACCCCCCUGCUCCAUUUCGUCUUCUUGACAUCGAUUCUGGGCUCCUAAUCCAGUUGAAAUAUUAUUUCUCUGCGCCCUCCCCUCCCCAGCUUCUCCUCAUCUCUGCCCUGGAGUGGUCCCCUUUCCCAGGGAGCCUGCUUUGUGCAAGGCACAAAGCGGAACCAGCCCGGAUCUGGUCCGAGUGGCUGUGCGUCCUGGAUCAAGUCACAAACUUCAGUUUUUUCCUUUAUCAAGCGGGGCCUGCAGAUUACAGGCAUUCAGUCAGCGCUCCACACGCCCUCUCAGGGCUCAGCAUCCUCAGCGCUGCCCUGGGAAGAACGGCCCCCAUCCGUCCUCUCCUCACAGGGCCGGUGCCCUUUUUGAACACCUGCCAGCAAGCUCACCACUGUCAAGAAGACUGAGGGCCCAGCAUGGUGGAGAAGGAGCAGGGGUGUCUUCAGGACAGAGGUGGCCCAUCUGACAGGAGGCAGGGCAGGGGCUAAAGCCAAGAGCCUUCCUGGCAGAGAAUCCCAAAGGCCCCAUGGCAGGGGCCGCUGGAGAGCCAGAGGCUGGCGGGGACUACGUGAAGUUCUCCAAGGAGAAGUACAUCCUGGACUCCUCACCUGAGAAAUUGCACAAGGAGUUGGAGGAGGAACUCAAACUCAGCAGCACGGAUCUCCGCAGCCAUGCCUGGUACCAUGGCCGCAUCCCCCGUGAGGUCUCGGAGACCCUGGUGCAACGCAAUGGCGACUUCCUCAUCCGGGACUCACUCACCAGCCUGGGUGACUAUGUGCUCACCUGCCGCUGGCGCAACCAGGCCUUACACUUCAAGAUCAACAAGGUGGUGGUGAAGGCGGGUGAGAGCUACACCCACAUCCAGUACCUGUUUGAGCAGGAGAGCUUCGACCACGUGCCGGCGCUCGUGCGGUACCACGUGGGCAGUCGCAAGGCUGUGUCGGAGCAGAGCGGGGCCAUCAUCUACUGCCCCGUCAAUCGCACCUUCCCGCUGCGCUACCUGGAGGCCUGCUAUGGCUUGGGCCAGGGCAGCGGCAAGGCUGCCGGCCCCGCCAGCCCCUCGGGCCCCAAGGGCAGCCACAUGAAGAGGCGCAGCGUCACCAUGACUGACGGGCUCACCGCCGACAAGGUCACCCGCGGCGACGGCUGCCCCACGAGCACAUCACUGCCCCACCCCCGGGAGUCCAUCCGCAACUGUGCCCUCAGCAUGGACCAGAUCCCAGACCUGCACUCGCCCAUGUCCCCCAUCUCCGAGAGUCCCAGCUCCCCCGCCUACAGUACUGUGACCCGUGUCCACGCUGCCCCUCCAGCUCCUUCUGCCACAGCGCUGCCUGCCUCGCCUGUCACCCGCCGCUCCAGUGAACCCCAGCUGUGUCCUGGAAGUGCCCCAAAGCCCCCUGGGGAAUCGGACAAGGGCCCUUAUGCCAGUCCCUCCCACACGCUCUGCAAGGCCUCCCCAUCACCAUCAGUUAGCAGCUACAGUGACCCGGACUCUGGCCAUUACUGCCAGCUCCAGCCACCUGUCCGUGGCAGCCGAGAGUGGGCAGCAGCUGAGGCCUCCAGCCGGCAGGCCAGGAGCUACGGAGAGAGGCUAAAGGAACUGUCAGAAAAUGGGGCCCCCGAGGGGGACUGGGGCAGAACCUUCAAGGUCCCCAUUGUGGAAGCCACCUCUUCCUUCAACCCAGCCACCUUCCAGUCACUACUGAUCCCCAAGGAUAACCGGCCACUGGAAGUGGGCCUCCUGCGCAAGGUCAAGGAGCUGCUAGCAGAAGUGGAUGCCCGGACGCUGGCCCGGCACGUCACCAAAGUUGACUGCCUGGUUGCUAGGAUACUGGGCGUUACCAAGGAGAUGCAGACCCUAAUGGGAGUCCGCUGGGGCAUGGAGCUGCUCACCCUCCCCCAUGGCCGGCAGCUACGACUAGACCUGCUGGAAAGGUUCCACACCAUGUCCAUCAUGCUGGCCGUGGACAUCCUGGGCUGCACGGGCUCCGCCGAGGAGCGGGCAGCGCUUCUGCACAAGACCAUCCAGCUGGCGGCGGAACUCCGGGGGACCAUGGGCAACAUGUUCAGCUUCGCUGCGGUCAUGGGCGCCCUAGAUAUGGCUCAGAUUGCCCGGCUGGAGCAGACGUGGGUGACCCUUCGGCAGCGACACACAGAAGGUGCCAUCCUCUAUGAGAAGAAGCUCAAGCCAUUUCUCAAGAGCCUCAACGAGGGCAAAGAGGGCCCGCCGCUGAGCAACACCACCUUUCCCCAUGUGCUGCCACUUAUCACUCUGCUGGAAUGUGACUCGGCCCCAGCGGAGAGCCCUGAGCCCUGGGGCAGCACGGAGCAUGGCGUGGAGGUGGUCCUGGCCCACCUGGAGGCUGCCCGCACCGUGGCACACCACGGAGGCCUGUAUCACACCAACGCUGAGGUCAAGCUGCAGGGGUUUCAGGCCCGGCCAGAGCUCCUGGAGGUGUUCAGCACCGAGUUCCAGAUGCGCCUUCUCUGGGGCAGCCAGGGCGCCAGCAGCAGCCAGGCCCGACGCUACGAGAAGUUUGACAAGGUCCUCACUGCCCUGUCCCACAAACUGGAGCCUGCUGUCCGCUCCAGCGAGCUGUGA